AUGGCGGAUUUAGUUCAGGAGUUACGUGAGCUUGUGGAGCCGGGAGAUUACGGGGAUGUGAAGUACUUGAAGCAUCGCGUGCAGCACAAGCUGGCAGCGUCUAUCGAUCGCUACCGCGCUGUGGUCAGCAAGGCUCCUGCUCUAUUGUUUCGCAACGCAUGCAAUGCUGUAGCGGCGUCUCGGGGGCAACAUCGCUUACCCGAAAACCCGGCGCAUUUGAAUCAGCUGCUGCGUGUGGAGGACAUGAGACGUUUUGUUCGCCGGGCGAUGUUACCUGGGUACCGGACGAAGCUCAGCUUUCCGGCUGACGAAGCUUACGUGUACCCGUUCGAGUCAUGGCUACAAAGUGGUAAUCGCGAAUCUCCUAUUCACAUUGACCAUGGACGCGUUGUCUCCAUCGUUCCGCCAUCGCUCACGCAUACGUUCAAGAUUUGGGUGUUCUACCGGAGGCCGGAGUGCGCCCAGGACGAGUUUAACUUCACGAAAACGGAAAACACUCUGAACCGGAUGUUGAAAACUAGUUGUGCUAUUCAAGCCCAAGACGCCGGAAAACAUGAAGUGCGUGUGGUCGUCUGUGCUACCGACAGGUACGAUUCAUAUCGCUACGCAGCUCGCCUUCCUUCUGGAAGUCAAUAUAGUUCAAGCCGAGCGUGGACGUCAAUUCUCUCGGCUUUUUGCGUGAUGGAGGGCCGAUAA